AAAACAUUAAAACAUGAUUUUAAGGUAAAAAAACCAACAACCUGGCAGCUCUGUUGCUUGAAUUUUACCGCUAAAAACAGUGGCAUUGUUUUUCCGUUCCAUUUAUUAAAUUUUUUUAUAUGCUGUAAAACAAAACACUGCUUUAACUGUAAAAUUCUGGUGGCUGAGCUGUCAGUUUUUAAUGUAAAAUGUUAAUAUUUUUUUUGCAGCUUAUGUAAAAAAAAAUAUAUUGUUAAUGUACUAUAUAUAUACAUGUAUAUUCAUAUAUUACUCAUUGUUAAAAGUGGCCCUCAAUGAAAACGAGUUUGACACCCCUGGUUUAUGCCAACAACUUUAUAUCGAGUCCGUUUAUAUCGACUAUCUACCUGUUUCUGAGUCUAGUUGGUCGAUAUCAAGUACGGUAACACCGAGAUCGAGAUAAUGACGACCCAUCUAAGUGGAAUCCAUUUAUACCAACAACUUGUUUAUGUCGAGCAUGUUUGUUAUCGACAACUUGUCUAAGUCUAGUCUCUGCGCUGUUUAUCCAGCUCAGUCGUGCAUAUCUAGUCCGUUUACGUCGACAACUUGACUGCGUCGAAGUCCGGUCCGUAGAUUUCAAGUCUGUUUAUACCGAGAUCCUAAGUCGAGUCCUUUUUUUAUUGACGACCCAUCUCAGUCGAGUCCGUUUAUACCAACAACUUCUUUAUAUCGAGUCCGUUUAUAUCGACUAUGCCUGUUUCUAGGUCUAGUUGGUCGAUAUCGAGUUUGUUAACACCGAGAUCCGAAGUCGAGUCCUUUUUUUAUUGACAACCCAUCUAAAUGGAGUCCAAUUAUACCAAUAACUUCUUUAUGUCAAGCAUGUUUGUUAUCGACAACGUGCCGUGCAUAUUUAGUCCGUUUACAUCGACAACCUGACUGCGUCGAAGUCCGGUCCGUAGAUUUCAAGUCUGUUUAUACCAAGAUUUUAAGUCGAGUCCUUUUUUUAUUGACAACCCAUCUCAGUCGAGUCCGUCUAUACCAACAACUUCUUUGUAUCGAGUCUUUUUAUAUCAACUAUCUACCUGUUUCUAGGUCUAGUUGGUCGAUAUCGAGUACGUUAACACCGAGAUCCGAAGUCGAGUCCUUUUUUAAUUGUGAAGUGGAGUCCAUUUAUACCAACAACUUGUUUAUGUCGAGCAUGUUUGUUAUCGACAACUUGUCCAAGUCUAGUCUCUGCGCGGUUUAUCCAGCUCUGUCGUGCAUAUCUAGUCCGUUUACGUCGACAACCUGACUGCGUCGAAGUCCGGUCCGUAGAUUUCAAGUCUGUUUACCCCGAGAUCCUAAGUCUAGUCUUUUUUUAUUGACGACCCAUCUCAUUCGAGUCCGUCUAUACCAACAACUUCUUUGUAUCGAGUCCGUUUAUAUCGACUAUGCCUGUUUCUAGGUCUAGUUGGUCGAUAUCGAGUACGUUAACAUCGAGAUCCGAAGUAGAGUCCUUUUUGUUAUUGACGACCCAUCUAAGUAGAGUCCGUUUAUACCAACAACUUGUUUAUGUCAAGCAUGUUUGUUAUCGACAACGUGCCGUGCAUAUCUAGUCCGUUUACAUCGACAACCUGACUGCGUCGAAGUCCGGUCCCUAGAUUUCAAGUCUGUUUAUACCGAGAUCUUAAGUCGAGUCCUUUUUUUAUUGACAACCCAUCUCAGUCGAUUCCGUUUAUACCAACAACUUCUUCAUAUCGAGUCUUUUUAUUUAUUUAUUUAUUUAUUUAUACUAUCUACUGUCAUGUCUGUGUGAUCAUGUUUUGUUUUAGUCAUGUUCGGUUUUGUUUUUGGACUUUUUGUGCACUUUUGUUUUGUUUUGUCACCAUAGCAACCAUUAGUUUUCACCUGUCACGUCACGCACCUGUUUCACGUUUUGAGUCACGCACCUGCUUUCACCAAUCAUGUCAAUAGUAUUUAAGUUCAUUGUUUUCAGUUUGUCGUUCUGGUGACAUCUUGCAUUUAUGCUCUACACACUCUUCAUCCUCUUAGAUCAUGCUUCAUGUCCCAUGCCAAAGUAACUUUUUGUUCCAGGUUUAUAGUCGUUUUGGUUUCAUAGUUUGUUCUCCGCCAUUGUGCGCGCCUUUUGUUUACUUCCUUUUUUUUUGUAGUUAUAGUGUUUAAAUAAAUAUGUACUUACAUUCCCGUCUCGCCCGAGCCAACUUUCCGUUGCAUCCCGGAAAAGCAAACACCCAAGACCAAGUCAUGACAUCUACCUGUUUCUAGGUCUAGUUGGUCGAUAUCGAGUAUGUUAACACAGAGAUCCGAAGUCGAGUCCUUUUUUAAUUGUGAAGUGGAGUCCAUUUAUACUAACAACUUGUUUAUGUCGAGCAUGUUUGUUAUUGACAACUUGUCUAAGUCUAGUCUCUGCGCGGUUUAUCCAGCUCAGUCGUGCAUAUCUAGUCCGUUUACGUCGACAACCUGACUGCGUCGAAGUCCGUUCCGUAGAUUUCAAGUCUGUUUAUACCCAGAUCCUAAGUCGAGUGCUUUUUUUUAUUGGCGACCCAUCUCAGUCGAGUCCGUUUAUACCAACAACUUCUUUAUCUCGAGUCCGUUUAUAUCGACUAUCUGCCUAUUUCAAAGUCCAGUUGAUAGAUAUCAAGUACGUUAACGCUGAGAACCGAAGUCAGGUCCUUUUUGUAAUUGACGACCCAUCUAAGUGGAGUCCGUUUAUACCAACAACUUGUUUAUGUCGAGCAUGUUUGUUAUCGCCAACUUGUCUAAGUCCAGUCUGUGCGAUGUUUAUCCAGCUCAGUCGUGCAUAUCUUGUCCGUUUCCAUCGACAACUUGACUGCGUCGAAGUCCGGUCCGUAGAUUUCAAGUCUGUUUAUACCGAGAUCCUAAGUCGAGUCCUUUUUUUUAUUGACGACCCAUCUCAGUCGAGUCCGUUUAUACCAACAACUUCUUUAUGGCGAGUCGGUUUAUAUCGACUAUGCCUGUUUCCAAGUCUAGUUGAUAGAUAUCGACUACGUUAACACAGAGAUCCGUAGUACAGUCCUUUUGUUAUUGACGACCCAUCUAAGUGGAUUUCAUUUAUACCAACAACUUGUUUAUGUCGAGCCUGUUUGUUAUCGACAACGUGUCUAAGUCUAGUCUGUGUGAUGUUUAUCCAACUCAGUCGUGCAUAUCUAGUCCGUUUACAUCGACAACCUGACUGCGUCAAAGUCCGGUCCGUAGAUUUCAAGUCCGGUUAUACCGAGAUCCUAAGUAGAGUCCUUUUUUUAUUGACGACCCAUCUCAGUCGAGUCCAUUUAUACCAACAACGUCUUUAUCUCCAGUCCGUUUAUAUCGACUAUCUGCCUGUUUCUAGGUCUAGUUGGUCGAUAUCGAGUACGCUAACACGGAGAUCGAGAUAUUGACGACCCAUCUAAGUGGAGUCCACUUAUACCAACAACUUGUUUAUGUCGAGCAUGUUUGUUAUCGACAACUUAUCUAAGUCUUGUCUCUGCGCUGUUUAUCCAGCUCAGUCGUGCAUAUCUAGUCCGUUUACGUCGACAACCUGACUGUGUCGAAGUCCGUUCCGUAGAUUUCAAGUCUGUUUAUACCGAGAUCCUAAGUCGAGUCCUUUUUUUUUUUGACGACCCAUUUCAGUCGAUUCCGUUUAUACCAACAACUUCUUUAUAUCAAGUCCGUUUAUAUCAACUAUCUACCUGUUUCUAGGUCUAUUUGGUCGAUAUCGAGUACGUUAACACCGAGAUCCGAAGUCGAGUCCUUUUGUUAUUGACGACCCAUCUAAGUGGAGUCCAUUUAUACCAACAACUUGUUUAUGUCGAGCAUGUUUGUUAUCGCCAACUUGUCUAAGUCCAGUCUGUGCGAUGUUUAUCCAGCUCAGUCGUGCAUAUCUAGUCCGUUUCCAUCGACAACUUGACUGCGUCCAAGUCCGGUCCGUAGAUUUCAAGUCCGGUUAUACCGAGAUCCUAAGUAGAGUCCUUUUUUUAUUGACGACCCAUCUCAGUCAAGUCCAUUUAUACCAACAACUUCUUUAUAUCCAGUCCGUUUAUAUCGACUAUCUGCCUGUUUCUAGGUCUAGUUGGUCGAUAUCGAGUACGUUAACACCGAGAUCGAGAUAUUGACGACCCAUCUAAGUGGAGUCCACUUAUACCAACAACUUGUUUAUGUCGAGCAUGUUUGUUAUCGACAACUUAUCUAAGUCUUGUCUCUGCGCUGUUUAUCCAGCUCAGUCGUGCAUAUCUAGUCCGUUUACGUCGACAACCUGACUGCGUCGCAGUCCGUUCCGUAGAUUUCAAGUCUGUUUAUACCGAGAUCCUAAGUCUAGUCCUUUUUUUAUUGACGACCCAUCUCAGUCGAGUCCGUUUAUACCAACAACUUGUUUAAAUCGAGUCCGUUUAUAUCAACUAUCUACCUGUUUCUAGGUCUAGUUGGUCGAUAUCGAGUACGUUAACACCGAGAUCGAGUCCUUUUGUUAUUGACGACCCAUCUAAGUGGAGUCCAUUUAUACCAACAACUUGUUUAUGUUGAGCCUGUUUGUUAUCGACAACGUGUCUAAGUCCAGUCUGUGCGAUGUUUAUUCAGCUCAGUCGUGCAUAUCUAGUCCGUUUACGUCGACAACCUGACUGCGUCGAAGUCCGGUCCGUAGAGUUCAAGUCUGUUUAUACCGAGAUCUUAAGUCGAGUCCUUUUUUUAUUGACGACCCAUCUCAGUCGAGUCUGUUUAUACCAACAACUUCUUUAUAUGGAGUCCGUUUAUAUCAACUAUCUGCCUGUUUCUAGGUCUAGUUGGUCGAUAUCGAGUACGUUAACACCGAGAUCGAGAUAUUGACGACCCAUCUAAGUGGAGUCCACUUAUGCCAACAACUUCUUUAUGUCAAGCAUGUUUGUUAUCGACAACUUAUCUAAGUCUAGUUUCUGUGCGGUUUAUCCAGCUCAGUCAUGCAUAUCUAGUCCGUUUACGUCGACAACCUGACUGCGUCAAAAUCCGGUCCCUAGAUUUCAAAUCUGUUUAUACCGAGAUCUUAAGUUGAGUCCUUUGUUUUCAAUCAACAAUUAGUCGAGUCCAUUUUUACCAACAACUUGUUUAUCACGACAAUUCGUCGAAGUCUGGUCUUUGUGUGAAAUCUACCAGUUGGUAGAUUUCAAGUCUGUUUAUAACGAGAUCCUAAGUCUCGUCUUUUUUUAUUGACGACCCAUCUCAGUCGAGUCCGUCUAUACCAAAAACUUCUUUGUAUCGAGUCCGUUUAUAUCGACUAUGCCUGUUUCUAGGUCUAGUUGGUCGAUAUCGAGUACGUUAACACCGAGAUCGAGAUAUUGACGACCCAUCUAAGUGGAGUCCAUUUAUACCAACAACUUGUUUAUGUCGAGCCUGUUUGUUAUCGACAACUUGUCUAAGUCGAGUCUCUGCGAUGUUUAUCCAGCUCAGUCGUGCAUAUCUAGUCCGUUUAUGUCGACAACCUGACCGCGUCGAAGUCCGGUCCCUAGAUUUCAAAUCUGUUUAUACCGAGAUCUUAAGUCGAGUCCUUUGUUUUUAAUCAACAAUUAGUCGAGUCCAUUUUUACCAACAACUUGUUUAUCACGACAAUUCGUGGCUUAGUGGUUAGAUUGUCCGCCCUGAGAUUGGUAGGUCGUGAGUUCAAACCCUGGCUGAGCCAUACCAAAGACUAUAACAAAUGGGUCUCUCACUGACUGUGUGACUAUCAACUUUUUUAACUUUAACAUCAUUUAUUCGGAAAGUAUAAAUAACAACUAAUGAAGAUAGACUACAAUUAACUGCAACAUGUAAGUGUAAAAAAAACAUAAUGAUUCGUACAUUUUCCAGAAUGUGAUUGGUCUAAUAUUCAACAAAUCAACAAAAUCGGAAGUUAUCUUUAUUUCUAAGUUAUCAUGCCAUGAUUUUACCCGUCCGGCCCGCUGGGGAGUAGAUGUUCCUCCAUGUGGCCGCUAAGUUCGACAACCCCCCACCCCCGGAGUAUGGGGAGCCACCCCAAAAUGCUCGGCAUCCGUAGGAAACACAACAAUGCUUGAGCCCUAGAAACUGGAAGUGGUGCUCAGUGCUGGGUAGAGCGAAGGAGGGUGGUGCACGGGCAGGAGGAGGAGGAGUUUGUGGUGUCAGGCUUGCAGUGGAAGUGAGAGCAAGGGGAAGACGCCGCAGGACCACAGACCAGACCACACCAUCCUCCAGGUACGGCGGAUCUCGACACAACCCCAACUCGGUCACGGUUUCUUCACCUCCCAACAAUUUGCUUGUUUCUAUAUUUGCCGACAGUUACCGUUGCAGUUGCUGUUUGCACAACAAAGGUGUGUCCCCUGGCCCCGGGAGCCUAGAUGGAGCGCAUGGAAGACGACAAGCCCAAGAAGAAGAAAGUCACCUUCUACCUGCUGUACUGCAUCUCCACCGCCGUCAUCGGCUCGCUGCAGUUUGGCUACAACACUGGAGUCAUCAAUGCACCUGAGAAGAAACUGCGUCAAUUCUUCCAGAACGUUUCUCUGGAUCGCUACGGCGAGUCGUUCAGCCCGGGCACCAACACCAUGGUGUGGAGCUUGGCGAUCAGCGUGGGCGGCAUGCUGGGCUCCUUCUGCGUGGGAGCGGUGGUCAACAAGUUUGGCCGGAGGAAGUCCAUGCUGCUGGCCAACAUCCUGGCCCUGGUGGGCGGGGGUCUGAUGGGACUGUCCAGCCUGAGCCAGUCCUUCGAGAUGGUCAUCGUGGGCCGCCUGGUCAUCGGCGUGUUCUGCGGCCUGUGCACGGGUCUGACCCCCAUGUACGUGGGCGAGCUGGCCCCCACCGCCCUCCGUGGAGCCUUUGGCACCCUGCACCAGCUGGGCGUGGUUCUUGGCAUCCUGGUGGCCCAGAUCUUUGGACUGGAAUCUCUUCUGGGCUCGGACUCUCUGUGGCCCCUCCUGCUGGCCCUCACGGUCCUGCCCGCUCUGCUGCAGAGCAUCCUGCUGCCAUUUUGUCCUGAGAGCCCGCGCUACCUUCUCAUCGUCCUCAACCAGGAGGAGGCGGCCAGGAAAGCCCUGGUGCGUCUGCGCGGCACUGAAGACGUGAGCGAGGACAUCGAGGAGAUGAAGGAGGAAGGCAUGAGGAUGGCCAUGGAGAAGAAGGUGUCCAUCUUGGACCUUUUCCGCUCUCAGAACUACCGGCAGCCCAUCAUCAUCGCCAUCAUCCUGCAGCUUUCUCAGCAGCUGUCAGGCAUCAACGCCGUCUUCUACUACUCCACCAACAUCUUUUCCACAGCAGGCGUGGAUCAACUCAUCUACGCCACCAUCGGUGCAGGUGUGGUCAACACGGUGUUCACGGUUGUGUCGCUCUUCCUGGUGGAAAGGGCGGGCCGGAGGACCUUGCACCUGAUCGGACUGGGAGGAAUGGCCAUUUCUGCCCUGAUUAUGACCAUCUCGCUCUCUCUGGUGAAAGAGAACCCCUCCCUCAGCUACCUGGCCAUCGUGGGGGUCUUUGGCUUCGUGGCCAGCUUUGAGAUGGGCCCCGGCCCCAUCCCCUGGUUCAUCGUGGCCGAGCUCUUCUCUCAGGGUCCACGCCCGGCCGCCAUGGCCAUCUCCGGCUUCUCCAACUGGACUGCCAACUUCCUGGUGGGCUUAGGUUUUCCUAAACUGGAGGAACUCUGCGGUCCUUACGUCUUCAUCAUCUUCAUGGUGCUGCUCAUCUUCUUCUUCAUCUUCACCUACCUGCGGGUGCCCGAGACCAAAGGGAGGACGUUCGACGACAUCGCCCAAGGGUUUGCCGCCAGGGCCUCGUCCUCCGCGGCGGCCCCCGAAGCGGUGACGGCUGCGGCGGCGGCGGACACGGCUGCCAGCAAAGACGCCGCAGCGACAGCACUCUCCCCGUCGGAGAAAGUCCCCAUGGUGGAUCUGCCCUCAGAUACGCCGUGAGAGAGCUUAGGAAAAGACUUUAUGUUGCGGGCUGACAACAAAACUCGAGCUGCGGGCCACAAAUGGGCCCCCGGGGCCGCUCUUUGGACACACCUGCUACAGGGUAUCUAUGGUAUGUUGUCUAACUAGGAAGCUGAAUGUGUUAAGCCGCGCCCUACAAAGUGGUAAUACUGUAAGUAUUGUACUUAUCACACACCGGCUGUUUGAUCGCAACGUUUAUCGCCGUUGUCCUUUUAGUUACCAAACGCGGACGUGUUGAAAUCGCCAUGUAAUAUCGCUAAUGCUAACAUUAUCCUGUCUCUAGAAAAAUCUAAUGUUAGCAUCAAGCUAGCACAUUUUAUCACACGUUAGAGUUUUUUCUACCCAGCACGUUUGCUCGGUCGGUGUUGAAAAUUGCAACAUUACUAAAAGGGAAGUUGGCGGAGUCGGCUCUCAGUGCUGCUUGACUGGGGAUUUUUUUACGUAAGCCGGUUUUUAGUGCGCAAACCGGACAUGACGUCACGUGCAACAAAAGCACGGAACUAUGGCACCGUUUGACUUGACCUAAAUCGAUACUUGAUCAUACCGAUAGAAUUGGGUCGGUGCCUGAAAGUACCAAAUUCGGCACCAAGUAGAUAAGACACGCGCCUUUUAGUAUGCUACAAUCUUCUUCUUUUUUUUUUCUUUUUUUUUUACAAAAUAAAUGUUUAUUUACAGCACUUGUUUGUGUCUCAAAAAGUAAAUCCCAUUGAAAUAAGUUAUCAUAUAAUGUUAUUAUUAUUGUAUUGGAUUGGGCUAAAUCGCCCUUACUAAGAUGGCCGCCACAAAGACACAAAAUCAAUCCUCAAAUGUACAUCAACGACGUCACUUCCUGUCAGUUUAUUUACAGCAGGUGGGUACACGAUGUCGCAAUUUUCAUUGGCAACAAAAUGUGACUCGGAAAAAAUCGCUCCAACGUAAGUAAAGUAAGGCUCUGCUUUUCCGAAAAAUGCGCUAGCUUGAUGCUAAUACACAUUGGCGUUGCUGUUGACACGUUACUGAUUAGCAUUAGCGAUUUUACAUGGCGAUUUCAACACCUCCAAAUAUGUCAAUGAAAACUACGACCGAGAUGCACUUUAGAAUCAUAACAAGUGCAAUACUUAGAGUAUUAACACUUUUAAGGGCGCCGCAAACUGUGCACUACUGCCAUCUAACGUCUUGGACUCGCAACUGGGAUUGCAACUUCAUGCCACACUUGCAAAUGAGACUCAGAAAAGUGAUAAUAAAACAAGAUGUAGAUGCA